AUGAAAGUCAUGCCGGUAGCUAUAAUAACUGGGGCAAGCUCCGGAAUCGGCCGCGCGGCUGCAUUACUAUUCGCUAAGAACAAGUAUCAACUAUCCCUCACUGGUCGAAAUGAAAAUGCCUUGAAAGAAGUCGCUAAGGAAUGUGUUCAACAGGGAAUUUCUGAAAAUGACGUGAUCAUCAGUGCAACGGAUCUAGCCACAGAUAGUGCACCGAAGAUUAUUGUCGACAAUACGAUCAAUAAAUUCAAUAAAAUUGAUUCAUUGGUGAAUUCCGCCGGAAUUCUCAGAGCUGGUGAGGUGCUUAAUUCCGACAUCAGCGUCUACGAUGAACUAUUCAAUGUCAACGUCAGAUGCUUGGUGCGUCUAACUAGAGCAGCACUCCCUCACAUUAUCAAAUCAAAAGGGACAGUGGUCAAUGUUAGCAGCAUUAAUGGGCCGUGUCCGUUCCCUGGUGUAACAUACUACUGCAUGUCUAAAUCGGCCGUGGAUCAGUUCACUAAGUGUCUCGCUCUUGAAAUGGCGCCACAUGGAGUCAGAGUGAAUGCUGUCAAUCCUGGAGUUACCGUAACAAAUCUGCACAGGCGAUCUGGUCAAGACGAAAAGACUUAUGCCGCGUUUCUGGAAAAGAGCAAAACAACACAUGCACUCGGCCGGCCCGGAGAUGCAAAGGAGGUCGCCGAAGCAAUCCUGUUCUUGGCUUCUGAGCGAAGUAUUCUUAGGUUGUCAAAUUGUGAUCUUAGAUUACGGUCAUAUAUGUACAUGUAUUGUCGCUUCUUGUCAACUGUUCUUCUGACGAAAUUAUAUGAGGUAGCUCAAAAUGGUGCUUGUUGCAGUCAUAACUGUUGCGAAUAUGUGUCAUUAGGAGCCUCGUCUGGCAUUGGAGCGGCAAUUGCUCUACGGCUAGCGGAAGAAGGUUAUGCAUUAUCGCUCAGUGGUCGAGAUGAAGACGCGCUGAAAAAGACUGUCAAGUCAUGCUUCAACGCUGGAGCACCGGGAGCAAUCACUACUGUUGGCGAUUUAUGUGACGAGGCGAAUGCAAAGAAACUCAUCGAUCACACAAUGAAGGAGUUCCAACGAAUCGACACAUUGAUUAACUGCGCUGGAGUGCUGACGUCUGGAAACAUCCUAGAUACAGAUAUUGAUGUGUAUGAUCGCCAAAUGGAAGUGAAUGUGAGAAGUGUCGUCAUGCUAACUCGUCUAGCGCUUCCUCACAUAAUCGAUGCGAAAGGAACGGUCGUGAAUGUUUCAAGCAUUGCAGGUCCAUGCGCGGCAAGUCCGUUUCCUGGUGUUUCCUACUACUGCAUGUCCAAAGCAGCUAUUGACCAAUUUACAAAGUGCCUAGCUCUUGAGAUGGCGCCACAUGGAGUUCGCGUAAAUGCGGUGAAAUUUCAAGGUCGCUCUUUCAGUCCGGGUGUCAUCGUCACGGAAGUGCAUAAGCGAUCUGGUAUGAGUGACAGCGCUUAUGAAGGGUUCCUCGAAAGAAGUAAAACUACUCAUGCUCUUGGACGUGUAGGAGAACCAUCUGAAGUAGCUGAAGCUGUGUUGUUCCUCGCUUCGGAGAAGAGUUCAUUCACUACUGGCCAGCUGUUGAAGGUGGAUGGCGGCAGAGGAAUUAUGCAUCCUCGUUGA